CCUGCAGCCGGCGCGCCCGAAGGGAUGCAGUCGCCGCGGCGAGCGAUGAGGAUGGAGGCCGGGGAGGCAGCGCCGCCGGCGGGGGCGGGGGGCCGCGCCGCGGGCGGCUGGGGCAAGUGGGUGCGGCUCAACGUGGGGGGCACGGUGUUCCUGACCACCCGGCAGACGCUGUGCCGCGAGCAGAAGUCCUUCCUCAGCCGCCUGUGCCAGGGCGAAGAGCUGCAGUCGGACCGGGACGAGACCGGGGCCUACCUCAUUGACCGCGACCCCACCUACUUCGGGCCCAUCCUGAACUUCCUGCGGCAUGGCAAGCUGGUGUUGGACAAGGACAUGGCGGAAGAGGGGGUCCUGGAGGAGGCUGAGUUCUACAACAUUGGCCCGCUGAUCCGCCUCAUCAAGGACCGGCUGGAGGAGAAGGACUACACCGUGACCCAGGUGCCACCCAAGCACGUGUACCGGGUGCUGCAGUGCCAGGAGGAGGAACUCACGCAGAUGGUGUCCACCAUGUCCGACGGUUGGCGCUUCGAGCAGCUGGUGAACAUCGGCUCGUCCUACAACUACGGCAGUGAGGACCAGGCCGAGUUCCUGUGCGUGGUGUCCAAGGAGCUGUACAGCGCCCCCCACGGGCUCAGCUCUGAGUCCAGCCGCAAGACCAAGAGCACCGAGCAGCCGCUGGAGGAGCAGCCGCAGGAGGAGGAGGAGGAGGAGGUGGAGGUGGAGCGGGUGCAGGUGGAGGCAGAGCCCCAGGAGAAAGCCCGGUCAUCUCAGGAUCCCGCUAACCUUUCCUCCCUCCCACCGCCUCCUCCUCCUCCGCUCCCCGCGGGAGGUCCCCGUCUGCCCCCUCGCAGACCCGAGGCCACGCGCGCACUGAGGGCUGCUGCUCGGCCCCUCGCCCGCCCCCCGAGCUGCCACCCCUGCUGUUACAAGCCAGAGGCACCCGGAUGUGAGGCCCCAGAUCACCUCCAGGGACUUGGGGUUCCGAUCUGAAAUCCUUUAUUUUUGUAUCAUGGGCUGGGCCCCUCCCGCACCCCUGCCUCUGUCUGCACCUGCCUGCGGGGGCCGCGUGGGGCCCGAUGUGGGCCCCAGGACCCAGGCAGGGCCGCCCGCUGGUGGCCCACAUGUCACUCUGCCCGGCUGCCAGCUGUGUCUCUUGGGGCCCCUCCAUCCCCACCCCUGGCUGCAUGGCAGAUGCAUUCCCUCCCAGCCCGGUCUCAGUCUCCCCACCUGUGAAAUGGGCCAGCACUUCCCACACCUCCCCGGCCGGGUUGUCG